AUGGAGGACCGUCCCCGUGCCUCUAGAACUCGCGCUUCCAGACACAAUUCCGGUCCACCUGCUGUCGACUUAUCUUCUUCAAGCUUUAUCCGCAGCACCAACGACAAAGAGCAACCCAGCACAUCAUCGCCGCCUCAACAGACAGCUGCUUCAUCCUCCACUUCUUCCAAGCCAGCCAGAAGGAAUCGUCAAUUGAACACUGCUCAGCAGGCAAGUCGAGCUGACUCGCUCGCAUCGACGAGAUCACGACGGUCUACUGCUUCUUCUCGUCUCAGCGACGCUAGCUCAAUUCUCGACUUGAGUCAACGAGGAGGCUCGCCACUGUCGGCGCCCGCUACACCUGCCACCUCGGUCUCGACAGCCACCAACGUGUCCGCUUCAGCCAAGACGAACAAAAGGGCGCUCGAGCAGGACCCCGACGAGGGCCUGUCCGGUUCCUCGUCCACUUCUUCUCCGACGGCGACCACAUCGACUCGCCAAUCUCGAAGCACCAAGACGGCAAAGACUAGCGGCAGCUCUUCGAAGGGCAAGGGUAAAGAGAGGGAGACGGAGGUUUCGACCGACAACAGAGGAUCGCCUGUGAGCCCUACGAAAGGGACGAAAGGUUCAGCGACCAAGGGCAAGGGAAAGAAGAGAAAGAAGGCAACCGCCAUCUCUUCCGACGAAGAAGAGCAAGCCAAGUCUUCGACCAGCAGCGCAGCUCUCCCUCUCCACAAGAAGGCAAAGAGCAAAAGAGCUUCCGGCGAGAAGGGCGACCACAAACUCCUUUCGAGCUCGAAGGACAGGGCUAAAGCUGUCGAUAAGAUGACGUCAAAGAAAAAUCCUACUUCUCCUACCAUCGCCUCGGGCGGUUCCGCCAAGACUCGAGGAGGUCCGAUGCGUAGGGCUUCCAAGGGUCGAGCCUCGGCAGCGGCAAGUGCAAGCAGCCGGUUCGCAGCAGAACCUUCGACUUCGUCGUGCAGUGUUCCAGAAGACAUGGACUUGGACCAAGAUGUUUCGCCGGUGUCGGCGCAAGUGGACGAGGAGGAGCGCAAAGGGAGCAAGGGAAGUAGCAGCGAUCGAGGGGGCAUGACACAAGCCGGAUCAAUCGUUGACGGCCGUGACGGUGGAGAGUCAUCGAGCGAGAUGGGAGAUGAGGGGCUCGAUGACGAUGAGGAAGACCAAGUGGACAUGGAGCGAGCCGAAGGCGGAGAAGGCGGUGACGAAGAGGAGGAGGAGGAUGGCAACGAUGAUGAGGAUCGUGAUGAGGAAGAUGACGAUGAUGAAGACGAGGAGGACGUAGAUGAGGCGCACUACGACGAUGAUGCCGACGAUGGCUACGGCGACGGCGAAGACCAGAUGGGCGAGUUUGGUCUCAAUCUCCGUGCCAUGGCCGGCUACAUGUCUGGUCUCUCUGGUCGGUUUCGAACUCUGCUUGCCUCACUUCGCAAUCGCAAGGAUCCCUCGACGCAACUCGUCGCUUUGCAAGAGCUCUCGGAGCUCCUCAGCAUCAGCAACGAAGACAUGCUUGCGGGCUACUUUCCAACCGAAUCUUACGUUUCAGAGCUCAUCUAUUUGAUGGGUGGGCCCAAGCCGCCAGCUGACGGUUCCAGCGAGAAGGGAGAAAGCAAGGACGAAGACGACGAUGAGAAUGCGAUUGCCAUUGCUGCAGCUGCUGCAGGACUUGAUGACGGUGGAGAAAUGAAGCUCCUCGCAUGUCGUUGCCUCGCCAAUCUCAUCGAAGCAAUGCCCUACGCAGCUCACAGCGUCGUCAUUCACGGCGCAGUUCCCGUUCUGAACUCCAAGCUGAUGGAGAUCGAAUUCAUCGACUUGGCGGAGCAGGUACUCCAGACACUUGAGAAGAUUUCCAUCGAGUACCCAAGCGCCAUUGUCCGCGAGGACGGGGGCAUCAUGCCCAUGCUUCAAUACCUCGACUUUUUCAACAUCCACGUCCAGCGUACGGCCAUGACUGCGGCAGCCAACUGCUGCCGAAAGCUCUCGCCCGAGUCCUUUGGCAAGAUCAAAGACGCCAUGCCCACUAUACAGAAUGUGCUCUCCUACAGUGACCAGCGCCUCGUCGAGUCGGCUUGCCGUUGCAUUGUCCGGACCGUGGACAGCUACCGCGUCCAUGCCGAGCUCUUGGAGCAGCUCCUGACCCACGAACUCAUCGGCGCCGUCAAUGCCAUCCUGCUGCCCUCCAACAACACGGGCUCAACUUCAUCCGGUGGCUCGAGCACUAGCGUAAACACGACCACCUACACCGAAGUCCUCAAAGCCCUUGGGAUGGCUGCUCGCAUCAGUCCCACGGUGGCCGUUACGCUGCUCGAUAACAAUGUCGUCGAAACACUCUACCACUUGCUCACCGGAUCGCCUGCCCCGGCAGAAGACGGUAGUGGUGGACGCGGACCGGCGUCGCUCCAGAGGAUUCUCUCAUCGGCAACUGAGGCAGAGGCUGCUUCUGACGCAGGUGCAAUCGCCAUUGUAGCCAGCGACGGAGCUGAGAAUGUGGGCAUGGCAGACGUUGCUGUGCUUCAAAACCUUGCCAAUCGACCCAAGGAGCAGGUUCAAGAAGCGCUGUCGCUUGUCGCCGAACUGCUCCCACCGUUGCCCAAGGACGGUAUCUUCGAUCCUCGCAUGUACACGGAGAAAGCAUACGGCAAGAGGAGGUUGAAGAUGGCCAAGGCGAAGAUAAAGCAGGCUCGCGAGAUGUCAAACGCCAAGAGAGGAGAGAACAAGGAUCCGUCGUUGGACAGCAAGAACAGCAGCAGCACCGAGGACCUUGACCAACAAGCUGCUGCCCCAGCAGGAACGCUAUCCACUACUGGCGCAGUAGACAGUGUCAGCGCACACAAUGCUACCAACCCCUCCACGUCCAAACCUGGAAAAGCCAAAUCUGAGCGCGACAUGGCGAAAGAGCGUGCUCAAGUCAAGCGCAUCGACACUCUCAGGGAUCGACAGGAGCUUGUCAAGCGCUUUACACAGCUUGUUUUGCCCACCCUCGUCGAAGUGUACGCUGCCAGCGUGUUCCAACACGUCCGUAGCAAGGCUCUUUUUGGUAUCCUCAAGAUCGUCAGCUUCGUGGAGCCCGGGCCGUUGGGUGAAGUUCUCGACAACGUGCCUCUGGCCAGCUUUGUUGCGGCCGUUCUGUCGACACGCGAUCAUCCUUCGCUGGUCCAAGGAGCCUUGCAGCUUGUCGAGCUCUUGACGACGAAAAUGCCGAGCGUGUACAGUGCACUGCUGAGGCGAGAGGGGGUCAUGUGGGAAAUUGAAGACAUUGCGUCCAAGGAGCCGACCAACAAAGCGCUUGCAACACCGUCUAAAUCUUCAGAAAAGGCAAAGGCAGUAGUUCCUUUGGUGCUGCCAGGUGCCUCUUCGUCUACUCCGUCCGCAGCCGAUUCCGUCACCCCAUCAGUAGGCAACCCUGCGCCGGUGAGCGGUGAAAAUUCUGCAACCCUGGAGAUCAGCGGUGAUGCAUCAAAGGGCGGAUCCAGCCUGAGUAGGCUCCUUUCGUCGACUGCCUCGACCUAUCCCUCUUCGAUGGCAGCUAGCACCCUCGGAACGCUACCCGGCGCCACCAAUCUUCCGCGAACAUUGGUGCCCGGCACGAUGGUUCACAGCAUCACAGGGCAUACGAUGACAAUGACCGAGGCCGAAGAUGCGAACAUCUGGCGAGCUCGAGUCCUUCGCGAAAUUUACUCUCCCAAGGCAUCUCGGACCAGCUCCGGCGGCGCAGAGGCGGCAGGAAGGGCUCUCGACAACAUCAGAACCCUUGUGGUGGGCCUGCAUGGGGCCGACGAGCAGGAUGCAACCGUGGUGCAAGGAACGCUGGAGAACAUUGCCGAGCUGUUCUGCAAGCCCGAGGAUCCCAUCUCGAGCUUUGAGCUACUCCGAUCUGGUCUCGUCGAGGGCCUCUACUCGUUUGCCGUUGGCGACUCAGAGUCACUGCCCAGACAGACCAGGAGGCGACUUCUCACGCGAGCCCUCAUGACUCAUCAGAACGACGUCGGCUCCUCGGCAGCCAGCGGUCUGGUUCGACGACUCCAAGAGACGCUGAGCAGGCUCGAGAAUGUCGAGAUCACGACGGCGAUCAACAGUGGGCCAGAGGAGAGCAAGAGAAGCCCGACUGCCAAUGUGGCUCGUCAACUUCGACUGAAGCUCAUUGCAGAAGACGGUGAUUCAGGCGAGAUCCCCAAGAGUUGCGCCAAUCUGGUUGUCACCAUCCACGCCAUUGCCUCGUUCCAAUCGCUGAGCGACUAUCUGCGCCCCAAAAUCAUCGCUUCUCAGGCUGCUGGUCCCGGUGCUGGCUCGUCCGGUUCGACUUCAUCGCGACUCUCUGGCGUCUUGGCAGCAUUUGCGUCGAGCGCUGGACUGGAACUGCCGCCUUCCCUGGCUGCCGCUGCCGCUGCCGCUGGAGAUCGAACUUCGUUCACGUCAACUGGUUCCCAGGGCACUGCCAACAACGCAACUUCUGCAUCGUCUUCGGAUCCAACGCCAAGAGAGGCAAAUGAGAAGCCUGCCCGGCGUCGAAGCUCGAGACUGAGCUCCAAGGGUUCGAAGAGUAGCGGUGGCGAUGGUGAUGGUGAUGGAGAAGCAAAGGUCGACGACAAGAGCAAAGAGUCGCUCGCAUCUUCAUCGAGCCAAGGUGCGGCAGGCACUUCGUCUGACCCUGAUGCAAGGGCAAUCGCUGGCUUGGACCCUGGGCAAGCACAGCCUGAGGACGGUUCAGAUGAGGCCCUCACGAGAAGGCUCGUCGAGGAUCUGUUGCAGGGUGAGAUGGAAGGCCUCGGCGACGAUGGUCCCUUUACCGAUGACGAGUACGACGAAGAGGAGAUCGUCGGAGACGCCCACAUGCCAGGUCUCGAAUCGGGAGACAUCAGCGGCGCUUCGGAAGACAAGACCAUCAACCUCCGUGUUGCUCAAGACGGGCUGAAGGUCGAGGCGAAGACGCCCGAUGGAACGCGCGUGGCAACACCAUCAAAUGAUCCGCUCGCCAACAUCUCAAAAUCUGCGCCUGUACCGUCCUCGUCUUCCUCUUCGUUGGCCGGAGCUGCUGCUGGUACUCCUGGGGGUGUGACGGCGGGACCUUCUUCUUCGGCAGCGCCAGGCGGAUCAACACCGACGAAGGCUUCGUACUCAUCGGCUCUGCAGAAGCGACCUACGGACUGGCACUUAGAGUUUGAGAUGGACGGAAAGCCCAUCUCGCUGGAAUCCACCAUCUACAGCGCUGUCCAUCACUUCGAGACCAGCCCAGAGCGUCGGCAGCAGGCGGGUGGAGCCCAACGCUACAUCUGGUCCAACACGUAUUCGGUAAAAUUCCGAAAAGUGCCAGGUCCUGUUCCUUCCCAGCGUUCGAGAGCCGAUGGCGCCACGCCAGAGCCGAUGGAGCAGGAGGCGGCCGGGAUUGUGGAGCUGCCGCCUUCGGUGGGCGUCGAUGCGCCUUAUGCGAGGAUCCUGCAGCUCCUUCGCGUGCUUCACGAUCUCAACGCAGAAUGGCGCGAAUUGAGCCGAAUCGAUGUGUCGGCGGCGGCAGCGUCCAAAGCUCUCGUUGAGACGGCCUUCGUCAACAACAAGCUGACCGCCAAGCUGAGUCGACAGCUCGAGGAGCCCAUGAUCGUUGCAAGCUCAUGCAUGCCAGCUUGGUCGCUCGACUUCCCGCGCUACUUUGCCUUCCUUUUUCCCUUCGAGACGCGAUACGCCUUUUUGCAGAGCACGUCGUUUGGCUACCACCGCCUCAUCAACCGGUGGCAGAAUAUGCAGACGCGCGAGCAGGGUAGUUCGUCGACUUCACGUCACGACGACUCGCUCUCGUUGUUGGGCAGGCUGACAAGGCGAAAGGUCCGCAUCUCGCGCUCGAACAUUCUUGCCUCGGCCUUCAAGGUAUUUGAGCUCUACGGCACCAACUCAUCCCUGCUCGAGGUCGAGUACUUUGAAGAGGUCGGCACCGGUCUCGGCCCUACUUUAGAGUUCUAUGCCUUGGUCAGCAAGGAAUUUGCCAGAAGGGAUUUGGGUCUAUGGCGCGACGAUGACUCCACCCAUGCAGUCGAUCCGGCGACGACGCGGAUGAAAGAUGACCAAGAGGUCGACGUCGCACACAAGUACGUUCUGGCCCCUCGCGGCCUCUUCCCCGCGCCGACUUCGCCAAAGGACGUCGAAAAGCCGCUGGGCAAGUCGCGCACUGCAGCCUUCCGCGUCUUGGGCCAAUUUGCUGCCAAGGCCCUCUUUGACUCACGCAUCAUCGAUGUCAACUUCAAUCCGACCUUUAUGCGACUCAUCCUCAACCACCGCGUCGCGGAGACGAUCACGAUGCUAGCCGCCGUGGACCCUGAAUUGGCAAACGCACUCCAAAAGCUUGGUCAUAUGGAGUCCGCCGAACUCGAGAACAUGGGUCUUGACUUUACCUUACCCGGCCACGCCGAUUAUGAGCUCGUGGAAGGUGGCAAAGAGAAGGCCGUGACGGUCGAAAACCUGAACGAGUAUGUCUCCGAGGUGAUUGCACACACGCUGCGAAAGGGUGUCAAGGCCUACGUACGCGCCUUCCGCGAAGGUUUCGAUACAAUCUUCCCUCUUUCGAGCAUGUCAAGCUUCACGCCCGACGAGCUCGUCAUGCUCUUUGGCAACACAGACGAAGAUUGGAGCGAGGCAACCCUGCUGAGCAGCGUGAAGCCCGAUCACGGCUACAAUGCUGACAGCGUCUCGUUCCGCGAUGUGAUCCACAUCAUGGCGACAUUCUCGAUCGAGGAGCGCCGCGAGUUCCUCCAGUGGCUCACAGGCUCUCCCAAGUUGCCCAUCGGCGGUUUCGCGGGUCUGCGUCCACAAUUGACGAUCGUCAAACGCCCGCCGGAAGCAAACACGCCUCCCGACCAGACGCUCCCCUCGGUUAUGACGUGUGUCAACUUCUGCAAGCUGCCCCAAUUCUCGACGCGCGAAGUCAUGCGCCAGCGACUCCUGUUGGCCAUGCGCGAGGGGCAAGCGAGCUUCCACCUGUCUUGA